AUGGCAUCACCAACCCCUCUGUCCAAGGCCAACACCGACUUCUCUCUGGCUUUGCUCAAAAAGUUCGGAGAUGUCGACAAGACCGCGAAUGUCUUCUACUCCCCUUUCAGCAUCUCUUCAGCCCUGGCUAUGGUGAUGCUGGGGUCCAGAGGCAACACAUCCACACAGAUGUCAGAGGUCCUCCGUUUCACUGAGGCAGAGAAGCCACAGCAUGCAGAACCAGAGCAGAUGAUGAUGCAGCAACAGCAGGCGAAUAUGUCCGUUCUGCCACCGCACCUGCGAAAGUGCCUGAAAACCCAGGAUGUUCAGGAUGAUGUCCAUGUUAGCUUUGCCCAACUGCUGACCGAGCUCAACAAGGCUGACGCUCCAUAUGCCCUCAGUGUUGCCAACAGACUGUACGGGGAGCAGUCCUACCAGUUUGUUGAGGAUUUCUUAGGACUAACCAAGAAGCACUACAGUGCAGAGCUGGAGUCAGUGGACUUCGCCACCAGCUCAGAGGCGGCCAGGCUCAACAUCAACGAAUGGGUGCUCCAGCAGACACAAGGUAAAAUUAAGGAUUUGCUGGCCGAGGGUGUGGUGGACGAGCUGACCAGGCUGGUGCUGGUCAACGCCAUCUACUUCAAAGGCAACUGGAACAAGCAGUUUCGGGAGACUGAGACACGUGAUGCUCAGUUUAAUCUCAACAAGAAUGACACUAAGUCAGUGAAGAUGAUGCACCAGAAAAGCAAGUUCCCUGUCACCUACAUUCCUGAAGCCAACUGCCAGAUCCUAGAGAUGCCUUACAAAGGGAAGGAGCUCAGCAUGCUCAUCUUUUUACCCAAUCAGAUAGAGGACAGUACAACAGGUCUGGAGAAGCUGGAGAGCCAGCUGACCUACGAGAACUUUGUAGAGUGGACUCGUCCAGACAUGAUGGAUGAGACUGAGAUCAGGGUGGGGCUUCCUCGGUUCAAGAUGGAGGAGAGCUACGACUUGAAAAAUGUUCUCGUCAGCAUGGGCAUGGUGGACGCCUUCGACAUGUCAAUGAGUGACUUCUCUGGCAUGUCUCCCGCCAACGACCUGGUACUGUCAAAAGUCGUCCACAAGGCCUUCGUGGAGGUCAACGAGGAGGGAACUGAGGCUGCUGCUGCCACUGCUGCUAUCAUGAUGCUGCGUUCUGCCUUGCCAAUGGCCUUCAUCGCAAACCACCCCUUCCUCUUCUUCAUCCGACAUAACUCCUCCAUGAGCAUUCUCUUUGCAGGCCGAUACUGCUCCCCUGAGUGAGCACAUCGUUUAGAGCAGUGUUUCUCAACUGGAGGGGGGUUACAACACAUCUACUAUUGCAACAGUAUAUAGUUUUAUUUUCGGUAAUACUGGAAGAAUGUUGAGAAUCCCCACUAUGGAGUUCCCUAUAGCUAAUCACACGCUGAGUUCCCGUCCUAUAUUUUCCCCACCAGAAUGAUGAGUAAAAACUGUGGUGUUGGUCUUGUCUGUGUCACUUCUUACAUGAGUGAAUGAAUGAUCCCGUGUUUAUCCUGAACAUUAGGUUCUUGCACUGUUUAUCUUUUGCACCUAAUAUCAGCCUUAGUAUCUUGAUAACUUUAUGUUUGCAAUGCAUGUAUGGCCCUAUUUGCUGCACCCCCACACCCUACCCUAGUUAAUCUAUACCAUUAAAGUCUAGUUUAUCUUAUCUUAAACCUUACACCCUUUAAAAGAAUUUGCCUUUUUCACAAUUUCUAUUAUGCAUCUUUUUUCAACCAGCCAGCACAGACUUUACUUUUAUACCAUAUGAAUAUAUGAUGGUUGCAAGAUUCUCCGCACUUUAUCUAGAGAGCAUGCGAUUUCAGCGUUUUUAUAUAUUCAGUUAACCAAAGAGAAUAAUGUGAUGAAAUCACAUUGUCAGAUAGAUAUGUCCUUGGUGAUCACUGGAAUUGUAAUCAAGCAAAGUGCAGUUAUUUGUAAUUGUACCAUUAUGCAUAUAAUGAAUGAAGACUAUAAAGGACAAGAGCUUACAUGAAGGUUUGAACUGGCAAAUUGAGUCCAGGAUUGUUUUUAUGUAUCCUUAUGCUUCUACAUAUGGAAUAAAAGUGUGUGGUUCACUAAUA